AUGGCAGUAAGCGUGGCGAAAAUCAUUGGUGCUGGUAUCUUGAUUAUAAGUGAGCCAAACCUUAACUUCAUUAGGAAUAGAAAGGACUGGGUAAUUGGGGAUGACCUCACAACAGCUAUUAAAGUAAACAAUUGUGAUAUUAGUAUUAAGAGUCAAGGAUAUGGAGCGGGUUUCACCUAUGUAACAAUAACGGACGAUAUAACAAUAUAUAGUUGUUACAUGUCAGGAAAUGAUGAAGAUCAAACCCUGGAAGAGACCUUGAAUGCAAUAGGCAGGCUGGUCAGAGAGAAAAACCAAAAGGCGGUCAUAGGAGGUGAUUUUAAUGCCAAGUCUCCACAAUGGGGCAUGAGCUACUCCGACAGAAGACGGCACAUUGUAACCGAAUGGAUUGCUACAAAUGACUUUACAGUACUCAACAAAGGGGAAGCUCCAACCUUCGAGAGGAGGGGAUAUGGCUCCAUCCUUGACCUUACCCUAGCGACAGGAAAUGUGUCAUCAUGUAUUGCAAACUGGAAGGUAUUAGAUGAGGAAUCGUUAAGUGACCAUAAUUACAUCAGCUUCGACAUUAAAGAAACGAUGCGAAUGCCAGCAAAACCCAGAAGCGACAGAGGCUGGAAGGUGAACAAUUUGGACAUACAACACUUAAAACGAGUAAUCUCCGAGGAGGAAAGAUUUAAGUCCAUGGCUUCUGCCAGUGAUCUUUCAGAGAACCUAAAAGUCGUAUGUAACAAAGUGUUGCAGAAGAAAAAGCAUUCCUCACAAAAACCUCCAGCUUACUGGUGGAAUCAAGAAAUAGCUGAGCUUCGUAGGCAAUGUAUGAGGAAAAGGAGGCUAUACACCAGAAACCGCAGAAGAAACUCUCCAGAAGAAAAUGAAGUUCUUUGGACAGAAUACCAGGAAAGUAAGAAAUUGCUAAAACGCAUAAUCAAGCAAUCCAAAAGAAAGUGCUGGAAAGAACUAUGUGAGAGAGUGGACAGUGACAUCUGGGGAGACGGAUAUAAGAUUGCCAUGAGAGGCAUAUCCGGCUUUCCCUCCAGACUUAGCCUGACCAUGGACACCAUAGAGCAAGUAGUUAAGCACUUGUUCCCGGUACACCAAGACGUGAUUUUUAACUGUGAUAAUAAUAAUAGGAUUUUAAGCUUUAGCGUUAGUGAACUACAGGUAGCAAGCAGAAAGCUGAAAAGCGGUAAGGCACCAGGACCGGGCAAUAUACCGCCUGAAGUAUUGAAGGCAGCUAUCGAAGCAAAUCCGGACCGCUUCCUAACAGUGUAUAACACUUUAGCAAACUCUGCACUCUGCAGACUUCCCAGAAAAAUGGAAAGAAGCGAGACUGGUACUGCUACGUAA